AUGGGUGCUAAGCAGAGCAAGCGCUCGGUGGACAUCAGUGGUAAGGAGGGCGAAGGCGCCGGCGAGGUGGCGGCGGCCGGCGCGGGCGGGGAGGGCCGCGUGGAGCCCCUCGCUGACGAAGACGCGCUGAAGACGCAACUCAACGGAGACGCGCACAUACACGACAUACAGGAGAAAGAGAAACAACUGGACAGCGGAACACCGGAGAAUGAGAAGGAUGCUACUACUGAGAAAGAGAAUAAAGAACAAGCAGAAGAUAAGGAGAAGGAAGCUUCUCCAGUGACGAACGGAGAGAGUGAACAGAAGGAGAACGGAGAGACCACACCCUCUCCCGACGACGGGAAGAAGAAAAAAGAGAAGGUCAAGAAGAAAUGGUCGCUAAGGUCCAUCAGUUUCAGUAGGAAAGACAAACCGAAACAAGAAAAGAAACAAAAAGAUGAUGAGAACAAAACUAACGGCGAACCAGAAAAAGUACCCGAGGAGGCUGCAGAAACGACACCAGACAGCGAGAAGAAUGAUAUUGCGGAAGAAGUUAAAUCUGAAACAGAAGCUAAAGAAGAGAAGACUCCAGACACGCCGGUCACUGAACCCAUGACGAAUGGAAGCAGCACGCCGGAGACGCCCAAAGAGGAGGCUCUGGUUGCAGACGAGCCUGUUGUAGACAACAAACUAGUUGAGAACACACAGUCACCCAAAGUUGACGUUGAACCCGAACAGCUGCCAGUUAAUGGUCUGUCACUGGAGGAACCCAAGGCGGACUCCACGGAACCCGCGGAAUGUGAUACCAGCAAACCCGAGGAAAAACCUGUCGAAAAGCCCGAAAUUGUCCCAGCCACUGAAAUUACCGUUAAAAAAGAGGUUUGUGUUGAACAAAUGCCUUUAAUUGAGCCUACGCCUCCACCACUCCCCGCAAAUCCUCCUCCCUCGUCAGUGGUCUCCUUUGCCGCUACCACCAUGGCACCGGAACUGACAGACGCUUCGCUCGCUAAUAAUGCUGAAAUAACUGCAAACACAGCACCCAUAGAAACACCGACAGCUGAACAUGAAACAGAUACGGAAGCACCCGACACACAGGAUACGGAACCUAAGGUUGAAGAAAUUAAUAGUGAGCCAGUCGGGAAUACGGCUGAUACAACAGACGUAGAACAGGUCAAGGAGGAAAGUAUGGAAAGUGAACCACAGGAAGUAGUAGUGGACACUAAAGAGAUCCACGAUACUGUGAAAGAAGUAUCCGAAUCUAAUGAGGCUCAAGCCGACCCGCCGGCAGCCACCUUGGAAGUAAAGUCACCCGAAAUAGUUGUCGACGAAGUGGAAAGUCAACGGGAAGUGAACGAGGUCGAAAACAACGAAGCAGACGAGCAAAACAGCGAGGAAAAGACAGAAAAUGCACCAGCCAGUUACGAGAGUCCCGAAUCUGAAAUACCGAGUCCCGAAAUAGAAACCGAUAACAAUGUAGACUCACAACACAACGACACCAAGGACGAACAAGACGAGGAGAUUACGAAAGAUAAAACGGAAAUAAAGACGGUAGAGUGUAACGGAACACACGAGGAAGUAAUGAUGAACGGAGACAGUGAGAUAGAUCAACACGCAGAGAAAACGCAGGAUCCGAUUGUAGCGUCAGACAAGAUCGCUGAACUUAUUCCCGAGAUGCCGACGGUACCGGAGAUUAACACUGAAAUGGAGACCUCCACCGACGUGGCCGUGGCCAACUAG